AAUCGACGGAUGGUGCAGAGGAAGCUGGCAUUUGUCACUUUUCAUUUUUGUGGCAGUUGUGAAUAAUUUCAAAUUUUUUCGAUUGGUAAGCCAUUUACAGAUGCUGUGUUUAUAUGUAACAUCAGAUAUGGCCCGUGGGCACCAGAAGUUUCAGUCUCAGCAGAAAAAUGCCAAAAAGCAGGCGGAAAUAAAGAAGAGCAAAGGUCAUGACCAGAAGGCAGCAGCCAAAGCUGCCUUGGUGUACACCUGUAGGGUAUGCCGGACACAAAUGCCCGACCCUAAAACCUUCAAGCAGCACUUCCAAAGCAAACAUCCAAAGUCUCCGAUGCCCCAGGAGUUAGUCGGCGUGGAAGCGUAACACACCCACCUCCACUAAUGAGACAGCUGAAGCUGAUUCAGGACAGGCUCUGUCUACACUUUGGACACAUAACUUUGAGUGUUUCAGAAGAAAUAUCUGCUUCUCCAGCUGAUUUAUCUGUGUUUGAGUGUUUUAUGCAGAGAUGGUAUGUACCUACUGGUUCGUCUCUUUUUUUUUUCCUUGCCCUAAACUGCCAAAAUUUGAUCCAGGCCCCGUUACCGAAGGAUGGAAGAUGCACGACCGACCGGUACUCCCCCCUCGUCUCACUUCUAAAAAGUCUUGCAUGUCGAAUUGUAAACGGUAUUUGAUCAUUUCCAACGCUAAAGUUACAAGAGCAGCUAUGAGCUUUGUGACUACUGCACCCUCUCAGGUCUCCCAUUGUUGCAGAGCAGGCUCUAAAGCCUGACCAAGUGGUUCCGCUUGGUCAAUCUGUCCUCCACGUUUUGAUGCAACGAUGUCUGCAAAAUAUUUGAGUUCAUAAUGUGUUUGGAAAGAUAAAUGUCAAAACGGUGGUUUGUUCCUUUUUACUUCCAAGCUGCAUUGAUAUUGUUCUUGCCUGGAAAGAUUCAACAGAACCUCGCAUGCUGGUUAUUUUUGUCGAUAUGAAGAAUAUGCGCUACACGGGUAUUGAAAUUCCUCCAUCUUCCCCUCAUAAGUUCAUGAAUUGUACAUAGUUUACUCCCUGUGAAAGGUAAAUAGAGGAGAGUGAAAGUUUAUUCACAGUAAUCUUUAUCCAGAGGAAAAUCCUUUGACCUCAUGAAGUAUCUCUUAGUUUGAUGAUGGUAAUGGGCUACUCCAGUUCCCAGAGGUUACCAUGGUAAAACAUUUGUGACAUACUUGUGCACAGCUGUAGAUUUAAAAACAACUUAGUUUAUCACUGUGGAGUUUUCCAGUGUAAACAGUCUUAAAAGUCAAAUUUCUGACAUUUGUAAGGGCAAGUCUUUGUUCUCCGAUCAUGACUGAGGUAAAGUGUUCUGACUCUGAACCUGCAUUGAAAGUCUGAACUGCACUACACUGCAAGUCAGCUUCAGUUAUUUUUGUAUAAACUUCCUAUUAUGACCAACUAACAGAUUUAAUUUAUUGAAAGGAAAAUUUUUUCCAACAGGUUUGGACCUUCUGGUAUUGAACCACUGAACAUUGUAUCACUGUGCUCUAAGUCUGGACUGACAACCAGCCAUGUUUUUACUUUUGUAAUAAUCAUAUCUUGUCAGCGUAAUGUAAUGUUUAGUCUUUUAAUAAAGGUCUUUUAUAUCAGA